GUCUUUGAUAAAAUGUGUAAUUGUUAUGGGUUAAAUAUAAUUAAUUUUUAUUUAUAUCAUUGAUGGAACUUGUCCUGUUGUCUUUGACUAUUACUAUAUCCACUGUUCUUCCAGCCAUGUAAGGAUUACUGGAAAAUAAAUAAAUGAAUUAAUGUCUGUUUUAGUACAUGAUGUAAUGUAGCACCUACACCAUGUUUGUAAUGUUUACUGAUGAAUUAUUUCAAGGUUUUGAGACAAUAUGUAAUACUCUUACAGGGCUAUGGUAUGGGCAGGAAGAGUUGGGUUGUCCUGUACUACUGAUUCUGCUAGAAUGCUGUACGAUAAAUUUCUGUGCAACAAACAUUUCUCUUAAAGUGAUUUCACUACAGCUGAAAGGGUACACCUUAACAGAUGUGCAGCAAGCCUCAAUGCUCUACUGGCUACAGGUAUGGAAAAGGAUUCGGCAUAGUAAGACACAUUUUUGGUGAAGAUUCUGUUCUGAACCAACCCAACAGUCUAGGAGGAAUGUUGUUUUACUCUGUCCUGAUUGUUCUGAAUUUCAUGUGCACUUUGUGGGCAACUAAGCUGAUGCUGCUUCUAGCUGUUGUGUCGAACCUUGCAUCUGUCUACCUGGCGUACAUCCUGUACGCUGUACUGUAUGAUUUCUGUAUAGUCUGCGUCACCACGUAUGGCAUCAACUUUAUUAACUUACUGCUGAUCAUUGUGAAGGUUCGGAGGCUGUCUCAGCACAAGGACUGUGGACAGUGGAGCACUGUCAAGGCUGCUGACAAGAAGAGGAAUUAAAUUUCAUUAAACAAAUAACCGCAAUAUAAUGGUAAUGGUUAAAAUGUCAUGACAUGGCAUAAGUCAUAGUAUUAUUAAAGAAGCCACACUGUGUUGCCAGUACCUGCAUUGUCAAGACAGUGACCAUGACAGUAGUUCAUCUAUCUAGUAAGAAAAGAGGACAUUGCAUUCAAUUUUGGGAGCCUCUUGGCUGUUUUAUAGUAUCAUCAGUUGGUACUAAACAUUUGUCUUUUGUGUAAGAUUUUAAUCUCAGAAAGAGGAAUUGGAAGUUUGUGUUACUGAAAGCUGUGGCCAUGUUUUGCAUUUUAUAUGCCAGUUUUUAGCUGUUUUAUGUAACACUUUCAUUUGUCUGAGUGAAACAGUUUAGUUUUGACUAGAUGAAGUUUGAUGAAAUAUCUGACUGAAUUUGUACUAUACAUGAUAUUGAGGCACAUUAGCCCAACAGUGUUGCCAGCAGAUGAAGAUGAAAUUUAUGCACUUUUCUCUUUAGCAGUUCAGAAUAAUUUAUCUUCUUGUCAAAUUCAGCACAUUUAACUUGCAAUAAAAAUUUGCAUCCUUAUUCCAUUCCAUUUACCCCUUUUUCUGCUUUUAUGUCUUAAAUUCUUUUAUUUUUAUGGGAUGAACCUAAAAUGUACUGAAAAUACUUGUAUCAGUUGUUGUACCAUGAGACUGAGAGUGUUUAUUUUUAUUUGUAUAUUAUUUUAUGUUGAUAUGACCUCUGUAAUAAAAGCUAAUGGAGAAGAACAUUGAA